AUGGAUGGAACACCCAAAGGCAUAAAAGUGCAGAAGUCUGGGGGGACGCAACUGAAGCUGGUGAUGUCAUUUCCCAACUAUGGACAAGCCAUGUUUAAACCCAUGAAGCAGGAGAGAGAUGAAGAAACCAAUUACAACCUCUACUACUUCUCAGACUUUGAGAGACAUAAUGCAGAAAUUGCAGCUUUUCACCUGGACAGGAUUUUGGGUUACAGGAGAAUCCCUCCAGUGGUUGGGAGGCUUGUGGAUGUGGUCACGGAGAUAAAAGAUGUCACUACUGACCACAAGCUGGCCCGAACCUUUUUUACCUCCCCUGUGGGUAGUUCAUGUUUCUACGGCCAGUGCUCCUACUACUGUUCAACAGAGCACGCUGUAUGUGGCCGCCCCAGAGACCUGGAAGCCUCCUUGGCUGUCAUGCUGCCGGAUCUCUCCCUGGCAUCCCGCAGGACCUGGAGAUCCCCCUGGAGACGCACCUACAGCCGCAGCAAGCUGGAAAAGUGGAAGUCAGAUCCAGACUACUGUUCGACAGUGAAAAAGACGCCACCAUACGACAAAGGCACAAGACUGGUGGACUUCAUAGAUAUGGUCAUACUGGACUUCUUGAUGAGUAACAUGGACCGUCACCAUUAUGAAACCUUUGAGAAGUUUGGCAAUAAUACUUUCCUACUCCACCUUGACAACGGGAGGGCAUUUGGGCGUCACUCUAAAGAUGAGCCUUCUAUCUUAGCUCCUCUACAACAGUGCUGCAGAAUCCGGCGCUCCACCUGGCUACACCUGCUACUACUGUCUCUGCCGCAGUAUCGUCUUAGUGAUGUCAUGAGGGCAUCGCUCUCACAUGAUCCCCUUCACAGGGUCGCUCCACUGCUGUCGGAGCCCCACCUCGCAGCUCUCAAUCGGCGCCUGAAAACUGUGCUGGAGACUGUCAGUCAUUGCCAGAAGAGACCAAGUAAAGAUGGUGGUGAAGGUGAGGUCAUCUAUGAUGACACUGCCUACUUGAAAGACAUGGUCACGUCUGCUGGGUAGGGAAGUGAUAUAAUGUAUAUAUAUAUCACAGAUAUAAUGUCAUAGUUACAAGGACUUUAAUCGUAUCUUUACAGUAAAACAGGUUGUAGAAACUAACAAAAUAUCUGGAAAGACUAUUAAAAAAUGUUUAAAGUUUAAGAAUCUUUUAAAAGGUUUAUACUUGGAUGAAUGGAUUGUUGAUGACAUAUUUAAUAUAAUUUCACUUGCACCUAUUUCCCAGUAAGUAUUAUUAGUAGUUGGUGUAUUUAAAUGUGAUGACAACAAAAUUGCUCCGUUACAGGUUAAAAUAUUUGUGUCUGUGUGUGUUGUAAGGGAGGGAAUUAUAUGUUCUAUGUUUGAGCUGCAGGUUAGAUUAACUGGUGACCAACAACUUUAUCUUAGUUUAGUCUUUUUUUGCAUUCUGUGACAAUAAUAAUUUUCCCCAAAACAGAAUAUUUAAGCAUAUUAUUUAGUAGAUUUUUGUUCUAAUGCCAGUGACAGUACGUACAGUGUAGAACAUUACUUGUCCUUGUUUGCUUGAUCUUCUUUUCCCGGUCUGUAUUUUCCAAUUAUUUUUUUAAUUAGUUUUGCUCUGUGGCCCUUUGAAUAUGGAAAGAUCCCCUCUAGACAUGUACUACGGCAUACAUACAAAUACUCUGCUUGGUGAUGUGACAAUGAUGUGUGUCUGAAAAAAUAUCAUUUUAC